AUGAACGUUCCUAGAUUGGUUCUUCCGGAGGACAAAGGCUCGGCCCAGACCUCUAUUACACCUACUGCAACAACGUCAAGCCAUCAGAACUCCCGAAACAUUGUCGCUGCCCCCGCUGGGGAUACCAUCGAAAAUUCCAUCGAACCCGUCGAUACCUUCGACCUGCUUAUCAGAAGCGAUCUCCAUGUUAUUCCGUCUCAGCGUUUAGCUGCCGAAGGAUCUUUCCAUGACACGAUCCCCUCCUUCGCUUUGAGCUCGACUUUUUCAGGCUUUUCCCCGGCAGCCACCGAGCCUCUCGCUUUUCCAGAACCAGCCUCGGUCGACGAUUUUCUCUUCGAGCUUGAUAAAGGCAUCAAACCCUCACUCGAGCCUCCCACGGCCGAUAACACAUCUUCUACAACGGCAGUAUCGCUUCGCGACCGACUUGGCGUCCCAUUUACCCGGUCGACUUUAUCCGAUGCUUCAUCCACAAUUGCCCCAUCUUUUACAUCUUCUGCAUCUUUCACAUCAUCCUUGAGGAAGAAAGUCGCAAGCAUUGCGUCUGCAGGCGCUUUCUUUGCUGAAUGCUUGGACUCGAAGCCUUAUCGGAUCUUUUCUGUGCGAACGUUCUGCGAGAGCUUAUUCAAUAGUCGUCGUGCUGCUAAUGCCAGGAUCGUGUCCGUCCGACGAUAUGGCGAUCUUCAAGGGGUGCCGCAUCGAUUUCUCAUCAUGCAUGUCACUCGAGCCGACGGAAGGGAGUUCUACGUUCGGUUGGAUCGCAGACGGGACCAUCAAGUUCCCUUGUUGUUGUUUGGGGUACGGGAUUUGGGAACGUCACGCGCGAUAGAUACGGCUGCUGUUUCCGGCAGACUCGACCACCUUCUUGAUUUCACCAACACCAAGUCCGGCGUAGAGGCUGUCAUGAUCUUCCCUACUCCUGCUCCUUUGAUCGCGGCUGCGAAAAUUCUGUAUUCCAUUGCAGCGGAAGCUCCUCGUUACAAGUUAACCAAACUCCAUGUAGGAAAAUUGUUGGUUUUUCGCCUCCACCACCCAGGAAAUGUUGGUGCGGAUGUUUGGGGCAAAGUAUGA